AUGGGUUCAGAAGACGGAGAUCGUAGAAGACGUCGCGACAGCAGGGAGAGACGCUCUGACAGGCCACACGAUCGAAGAAGAAGAUCGGUGAGCAGAGAGGAUGAUGACAGAAGAGAAAGAGACAGCCGGAGCCGACGAUACGACCAUGACAACAAGGAGAGAAGGAGGAGACAUCACAGCCGCUCAAGGAGUCCGAGGCGAAGACACGACAAGGAAAGAAGCUCACGCAAAGAAGAUACAUCGCCGUCACCACCGCCGAAACGCAGAAGACGAUCCUACUCGAAAUCAAAGUCACCUCCACCCCGCCGCGCUCGUGGACCACUUCCCUCGCAACAAGACCAGUUCCGCCAGGGAGAUGAUGCUGGCCCAGCAGAACCGGCCGUAGAAAAGCAGAAGCCCAACUUCAAUGCGACAGGACUGUUGGCCAAGGAAGCGAACACGGUGGCUGGCACAAACACGGUCCUCAAAUACCACGAACCAGCCGAAGCGCGGAAGCCCUCAAGCAAAGAGCAAUGGCGCAUGUUUGUCUUCAAGGGCAAAGACAUGAUUGACACAAUCCACCUCUACUCGCGCAGUUGCUGGCUCAUGGGACGCGAUCAAGCCAUUGCCGACUUCCACCUCGAGCACCCGAGCAUCAGCAAGCAACAUGCUGUCGUUCAGUUCAGACACAUCACAAAGACGAACGAAUACGGAGACAAGUUGAGCAAGGUCAAGCCAUAUCUCAUCGACCUGGACAGCGCAAAUGGAACGCGGCUGAAUGGUGAGAAGAUAGGGGGAAGUCGAUACAUUGAGCUGCAAGACGGCGAUGUCAUUGGCUUUGGCGACAGUGAGAGGGAGUAUGUCAUGAUGCUGCCUAAAUAAUUCAUCAUCUGGUCAUCAUGAAUAAAGAAUGCAAGUC